AUGGACAGUGCCAGCUCGCCUUUUAUUGAAAGCCCGAAUUAUCCUCCGGACGAAUUCUACAUUCAGGAACCCUCAAGACAAGAGGAUGAAUUGAAUGUCUUGAAAAAUCGGGUUGAAUACUAUAAAUAUCAACUGUCUCAGUCUAAAAGCGAACAAAGCCUAUUGUUGGAGGAAUUUGAACUGGAGAAAGGAGAGCUGCACAAGAAAUUGCGAGAGAUUGGGGAGCAGAAUGAUUCUUUGUCUUCAGACCAACGUUUCGUACUCGAUCAAAAAUCCGCCCUAGAGGAGGCCAAUAGGAUUUUACGAGUGCGAGUCGAAGAAGUUGAGAAGAUGUCACAAACAAAGGCUAAAGAGUUACAGCUUACUAUAGCAGAAAUGUCAAAAGAAGUGAGUAUUCUCUCUAACACACUGGAUGAUGUUACGUCGCAGAACCAAGAAAAGGCUCAGAACUCCAAUCGGCUUUUGGAGUCGAAAACCGCUGAGAUCGAGAAAUUGAGGGAGGAGUUACGGCAUCAGGAAACUUUGACUCAGAGAGCUAAUAAUCGUGCCGACGAACUGAAUCAACAGCUGAACAGCCGCGUCAAUCCUUACAAAGAUGAUUCAGACUCUGCAGCUGCUUUGAGGCUCCUGCAGUCUGAGUACUCGAUUCAGCAGGAACAUGUGCAUUAUCUGGAGCGCGAAGUUUUGGAUAAUGAGAGGAAAAUAUCCGCUUUAAAAGGAAAGCGUGAUUACAUUGAUGUUUUAAAGGAAGAAAAGGCUGCACUGCAACGCCAAAUUGAAGCCUUGAGAACGACCGAGGAGAGAAAGAAUCAGGUAGAAAGAGAAAAUGCCAAACUCCAGUCCAAAAUCGACAGCUGGUUUGGCAUAAUUGGCCAAGACGAUCCGACGCAGUUGUUUGAACAGCUGAAAAUGUUGAAGAUUGAGAAAGAACUCGAUCUCGAGAUCAUUAACAGGCUGAAGGGAGAACUGAGCAGCGCUCAAGAGACAAACAUAUCUCUUAGUGGAGACAAGUUGAAAUUAAGCCAGAAGAUUAGCUCUCUUCAAUCCAGUAUCACAGAGAAGGAAAUUGAAUCAACUGUCAGUGAAAGAAAGCUCACAUUGGCAAGACAGGAAAUCGAAUACCUCAAAGAAAGGAUCGAAAGCAUGAAAUCAGAACAACAUCUCUGGACCAAAAGGCGAAAGACAGAGAGCGCUCCUGAAAACAGCGAUGCAACUAUUGCUGAGCUGAAUUUGCAGCUGAAGUCUAGGGAGAGCAAGAUAAAUGCUCUUAACAGUUUUAAUGAAGAGUUGAAGAGGAUGCUGGAUCAACAAUCAAGCAAAGUCGAUACGGAACAAAAAAUCCCGGACGAAGACUUUACUUCGAAGAAUAAGGAGUUGAUACAGGAGGUUCAGGCCCGUUCGAGGGAGAUACAGAGACUGGAAGAAGCCAAGCAGAAGCUUGCGAGAGAGAAUUUGGAUAUAAGGUCUCAGCUCAGUUUAUCAGCCGCAAAGUACCAGGAACUGGUGGAGAAAAAGGGCCUCAGAAUCCUGCAGCUAGAAGACAAUCCAACAUCUCAACAUGAGCGGAUCUCGAAACAGAUGUUAGAGGCUUUGACCUUGGAAAACAAUGAGCUUCUGGGGAAAUCAGUAACAUCCGAAACCGUUCCCAAAUCCGUCUAUGACAGACUGUUACUCGAACAGGAGAACAUUAAGAGACGUGAAUUCGAAGCAAGCAAGCGUCUACAAAGACUGCGUGAGGUGUAUAGCAGAAAGACUGGAGAGUUUAACCAGAUCAUAUACAAACUUCUGGGCUACAAACUGGAGUUUUUGUCCGAUACCAAACUCAAGCUGAUAUCGAAAUUCUUCCCUAAUUUUCAUCAAGUGGAUGGAAUCUCUGAAGACGACUACAUCAUCAUUGAUCUGGCGAAUCUCAAGUCUCCAACCACAUCUGCGAUAUCUGAGAGUAACGUCAAAGUUGGUGGAUUGCCUGCGAAAGUGGUUUCCAAUCUUCUAGGAUUCUGGGUGCAGGAGAAGAACGAUAUAAGUUGCUUUCUGAGUGCGCUCAAUCUGCAAUUGUUCGAGGAGCAGGAAAAUAAAUGA